AUGCUCCAGAAUAUCGCCCGUAGAUCAGUUCAGUGCGGAAGUAGUGCUGUCAGAAGAAUUGUGACAUUAUCACCUGCUUCACAAAUAGUGGCAAAAAAGACUUUGUCUACUAGUCGUCUUUCACGAUUAGAAGUACGCCCAACGUUGACCUUUUUGUUACAACAACGCUCUUUGAAUACUUCUCAUCAAUGCUGGAGUGAAGAAAAUACAACAAAUAAAACUGAAUAUAUAACAGCUAAAUUGACUGAGGAGAGAUUUCAUCGUCUGUCGAAUGAAAUUUUAGAGCAUAUAACGAGUAAAAUAGAAGAACUUAUGGAUGAAUCAGAAGCUGACGGAUAUGAUGUGGAAUACAGCCAAGGGGUGAUGACAGUUCGACUAGGGGAGCAUGGAACUUAUGUUAUUAAUAAGCAGCCACCAAAUCAGCAGAUUUGGUCAUCGUCACCCAUCAGUGGGCCUCUCCGCUUCGACUAUGACGAAAAACACCAAAAAUGGUUCUAUCACCGAGAUUUUGAGACUCUGGACAAUUUGCUGAAUACAGAACUAUCUACAAUAUUUGGUCGUAAGGUAGAUUUAUUAGAAGACUUUGUACCUCAUGAGAAAUAA